AUGACGGAGGAGUCUCAGUCAGUGGUGGAGAUCGAAUGGCAAGCCGAACUCGCUUCUCUGUUUGUUGCUACAGCCAGAAUCAACAAUCGAGAGGAAUACGAUGUCUCGGAGCUUAGAAGCUCUGCUACAUGCAACAACUUCACUCUCAGACUCCGCCACCGAGUAAAUCCUUCCCUUUCUGUGCCAAUGUUUGACCAAGCAUACAUCGGAAUGCUCAACUUUACAGUGUGCACAGUUCAGCUUGACUCGGUCACACAUUCCCCCGGAAUGCUUUUCGAUAUUCAAGAUAAUAAUUAUCACAAAGACCCCAACAACUUUGUCUAUCUCUUUGACGGAAACCAGGACCGAAUUUAUUGGGAAAACCAGCCAUCGCACGCCCGGAUUCACGAAUUUGGUGGUAUUACAAGCUACGCUGAUACAAGAUUGCCUAGACCAACAUAUAGUUGGAUUGACCAACCAGUCAUAUACGAUGCGAACCGAAUCUACGCCAUUGUUGUUGUACUUCCGCCUGAUCACCCACUCAGUGGAAAACCCAUUGAACGGUUUACAUCCCUUGGCAGUUCGUCUUCGUGGCUUGCAUGCUUCAUUAUAAGAUGCGAUUGUCCUCCACCAGAACAGCCCAGGAGAGUUGCGGAACUCAACAACCCGCCUUUCGAUAUCGACUCUGCCAGCAGGUAUCUCUCAAGCGAGCCUCUGGAGCUUCAACCUGGAUAUCGCACUCAGGAUUCUGAUGUGAAUUUACCAAUUGAAGGGCUUUUUCAAUUCCUCAGACUAGGGAAUCGUAGCACGUACGAGUAG